CUCCCCUUCUCACUCAUUUUCAAGUAACACCUAAUCUUAGAACUUCUUAAUCCUCUCUCUUUUUUUCCCUUAUUCUUUUUAUUUAGCUCAUAAUAUUAACCUUAGCUUAGAACACUAACUCUUUUUUGUUUUUGUAAUUUUCAUUACAUCCCCUUUCUUCUUUUGUCUCAUUUUUAGCUAAGCUGAUCAUAAUAGCAGUCAUGGUUUCUCCCGCCGUUGCUCGAUUCGCCGUCGGUAUUCUAGGGAAUAUCAUCUCUUUCUCCCUCUACUUAUCUCCAAUGCCAACAUUUAUUCGGAUAUGCAAGAAGGGAUCCGUAGAACAAUACUCGGCAACUCCAUACUUGCUUACCUUCUUAAACUGCAUGUUAUGGACUAUCUAUGGGAUGCCAUUUAUCCAACCUAACAACAUUUUACUAUCUACGAUUUCGGCGAGCGGAUGCUUGAUUGAGUCCAUUUAUUUGAUGCUCUUCAUUAUUAACACCGAGAACAAGAAGAAGAAGAUCAUUUUGAUCAUUCUUGUGCUUGGUGAGAUACUCGCCGUCGGUAUCGCCUUGGCCUUGGUGCUUACCUUCAUGCAUACCAGCAAAGAUCGGACUCGCAUUUUUGGGUUACUUGGUGAUGUUAGCGGUGUUCUUAUGUACGCCUCUCCAUUAGCCGUCAUGAAACAAGUGGUUAAAACAAAAAGUGUGGAAUAUAUGCCGUUGGCUGUCUCGGUGACUUGCUUCGGCAGUGCUGUUAUAUGGACUCUAUAUGCGAUCCGCCCAUUCGAUCCAUAUGUUGUGGCUCCAAAUGCAAUCGGAUGUUUUCUUGGGCUGGCCCAAUUGAUACUUUAUGCAGCUUAUUACAAGUCUACUAAGCAACAAAUGGCAGCCAAAGAAGUGGCUGAAGAGAAAGUUGAAAUGGGCCUUAAAGAAAUUAUUGUGGUUACUAAGGGGCCCAACAAGGUCAACAAUCUGCCAGAAAAUGACUAUCCUACCCUUCAAGAGAAUGACCAUCCUACCCUGCCAGAAAAUGACUGUGUUAUCCUCAAGCAGAAGGAAAAUGAUUUUGACACUAAUAUUUAAUUUGUAUUAUUUGCAUUAGUUAUGCUCUCGACUACUAUAAAUGCAUUACUUCUUCUCUAUGUAUCUAUAAGCUUAGUAAUCAUUUAUUUGGCGGGAGUAUUCUUAUUGGAAAUAAAUUUUUCUUUGCCAUUUCCUACUAUA